AUGGUCUCUAUGGCCUUAGAAGGUGACUUCGGAGCACGACCGGCGACCGGGUUUUUCUUGCCUCGACCGACCGUUAUCUUCCCGAUCCCACAUCCAUCCCAAGGAAUACCAACGGCACCAUACGGCACGAUGAACUGGGCUACCCUUGACCCGACGACUCGUCUCUACAAGGGCAAGAAUAUCUACAAGUGGGGAGACUCUCCAGGUCUCGAGCAUCACUGUGGCGUCUGCUCUACACCUCUUCACAAUUCUCGAGCUAAAACGUCUUGCAUUGGCAAGCAUGUUGAGCCGUGCUAUAGGUUCCACCAGCAGUUGCAUUUCGUUGGCAAAUCCCAUGAAUGCUUUGGUUGCAACUCGUCCGAUGAGUUGCACCACAGCAGACACAAGGAAAUCCUGAAGAUAAUAAGGGAGAUAGCGACACUUGAUCAUACGGCUACAGUCCUCCCACCUGAUAAAUCAACCGGCCUCAAGGCACGACGGAGCUCCACCUCUACGAAUACCACCACCACCUCUAGCAACCUUACUGACACGGCCUCCGAAGUAGUAAGUGUCGACGGAACUAACCAAGUCAAGAUUACAAGGCGUGCACGGAAGAAAGCGAAGAAAACGGGUAAUGGGAGUGCUAGAGACCGGAAGUAUGUCGAAGCUUUCCCGAAAGAUGAGACGGACUUCGUCAGCGAAGCAAUACAUCUGACAGUCCACGAGAGCAAAGGCGCCUGGCAUGGAACAUAUGUCUAUGACCACAAGAAGCCUGUUAUUGAGGAAAGCGCUGGUGUGGAUGAUAAUGAGGAGAUUGAGUACACCGAGGAGAGCAUGACCAUGGAGUUCGAGUCUCUUGCCGUUCAGUCACCGGGCAUACCUUCAAAAAGCUACACCGCCCCUCUCAAGGAUCUGACCCCUCGCCAAAGAAAGAAUGUCUUGAAAACAACCACUGCUCUCAAGUAUCAGUGCAAAGGUAGUUCCUCUCGCAAAUACGCUACCCAAUUGAACGCCGAGAUGCUUGAUCCCUUCAGUGGCCUUGAUCCUCAGAUCUUCUUCCGCCUUGGUAUCGAUGUUGACCCCUCUAAGAGCUCCAAGGCGCGAAAAGACCUGGUUGCUAAACUUGUUGCAGCAGUCAAGGAGGAUAUGACCAUCAUCGAGAGAGAGGAAUCUGAAACGGAGAUGCGGGCCGAGGGCUUUAGAAGAUGGGCAGGUAGACAGGCUUACGCAGCAAUCUUGAGGAUAAGAGAGCAUCUAGAUUGGGCCACAGGUCAGAAGAUUACUGUUCCUACUUUCGAAGACUUUCCAGAUGACGAGAUCGAUCUUGAUGGCAGCGAGCUUGCCGAGCAGGAGAAUCCGACCCAGGAGUUAGAACUCAAGACCACCACACCAAAGCCAAAUGCAAAGACUGCAUGGCCAGCUGGAUCAAAGAAACUUGAAGAUGAUGACGGUUUCACAGUCGCUUCCCGCAAGAGGUUUUCCGGCAAGAAGGUUCAAGGCGGCAAGAAGUUUACCAAGAUGUCUGCCAGCACCAACCGAAUAGCAGCUCUCAACAUAGACGAAGAAGAAGAGGCCGGAGGAGACGUCCACGAGAUGGUUCGACGGUACGAGCAACGCAGGGCAGGAGAGCGAAAUUUGGGAGGCCUGCACACUGGAUCGACCCCCGACCGCCGAACCGUCGGAGGUCGCACCCUUAUCAUCAGAUGA